ACAGGUGAGAGAGUGAGAGGCGUGCAAGAGCUCUACUACUAACCUAAGAGGGCUAGGGGUUCUCAGCCCCUUUUCCCUCUCGUUUUAUUUUAUUUUAUUUUAUUUCCAGUUUCAUAUCUUCCUUUGAGUGUACCGUCAUAGAUUCCAUUCUUUACAAGUUUACAGUUUACACCACUGCCUAUUUCUUCAUUCUGCUUUUCAGAUUCUGUUUAAAGGUCUCUCUGCUCUACCUUUGUCUCUCUCUGCAUUUACUCUUUUGAUUCCUUCUUCGCCAAUCACCGCUUCUUGAUUGCCGCCUCUCCCAAUUAUUUGUCUCUUUCCUUUUAACAUUUCUAUAUCUCUCCUUUUAUAGGAUAUAUAAAAGGAUGUAGCAUUACCCUUUAGCCUUUCUUCUCUCUCUCUCAUUUAUGUAUGUGUGUACCGAAAAUUUAUUGAAAUAAACUCUCUUUUGAAGAUUAUACUUAACUGGGUUUCUUGAAAUUAAGCCAUAAAAUACUGUCUAUAUAGAUUACGGGGCCAAAAAUGACUGUAGAGCAGAGGAAUGAUAAGCAAAAUGAUCAGUUUCCACUGGGGAUGAGAGUGUUGGCUGUGGAUGACAACCCAACUUGCCUCAUGGUGUUGGAAAAUCUGCUUCGGAAAUGCCAGUACCAUGUCACGACAACAAACCAGGCCAUCCAGGCAUUGCAAUUAUUACGAGAGAACAAAAAUCAGUUUGAUUUGGUCAUUAGUGAUGUUGAUAUGCCAGAUAUGGAUGGUUUCAAGCUGCUAGAGCUUGUAGGGCUGGAGAUGGAUUUACCUGUCAUAAUGCUAUCAGCAUAUAGUGAUACCAACCUUGUGAUGAAGGGUAUCACCCACGGAGCUUGUGAUUAUUUGCUGAAGCCUGUCCGCAUUGAAGAGCUAAAGAACAUAUGGCAACAUGUAUUAAGGAGAAAGAAGUUUGACUGCAAGGAGCAGAAAAUUUCUAACAAACCUGAUGGUGAGUCUGGUGAACUAGGCAGAGGGUUCAGAGGGAUGGGAGAAACUGAUCGGAAUGGUAAGCUUACCAGGAAAAGGAAGGACCAGAGUGAUGACGAAGAUGAGGAGCUGGAUGAAAACGGUGGGCGAAAUGAGGACCCAUCAGCUCAGAAAAAACCUCGUGUUGUUUGGUCAGUAGAAUUGCACCAAAAAUUUGUUGCUGCAGUUAAUCACCUGGGAAUUGAUAAGGCUAUGCCUAAAAGAAUUUUAGAGUUGAUGAAUGUGGAGAAGCUGACCCGAGAAAAUGUGGCAAGUCAUCUCCAGAAAUACAGAAUUUACCUCAAAAGACUUAAUUCUGUUGCAUCGCAGCAUGCCAACAUGGUUUCAGUUUUGGGAAGUGCAGAUCCUAGCUACUUAAGAAUGGGUUCUCUGAAUAAUAUUGGAAAUAUCCCUUUUAUAACUGGCUGUACUCAAUUUUCAGAUGCCCCGCUCAGAUCCAUCUCAUCUGGUUCAGUGCUUACUAGACUGAACACUCCUUCUGGAAUUGGGAUGUGUGGGUUUGCCCCUUCUAGCAUGAUUCAGCUGGCUAAUGCACCUAAUUCUAGCAGUUCAAUCACUAGCGAAAUUAACUUUCGGCAGUCCAUACAGCCUGGAAACCAAGAUAUGGAUAUUCUUGAAGGGAUGCCAAUGCCAUUAGGAACUGAUCAAGUGAACAAUAAUCUGGGAGUUACUCAUCUUUAUCCUUUUUCUAAUGGUGUGCCAGAAAGAAAAAUAGAUGUUGAUGGCAGAAGGAACUUGACUAUUGGUGUUUCAGAUAACUCUAUAAUUUUGAGGUCCCAAGGUCAAUGUGUUCAAAGGAAAGAUUUUCUUGACAAUCAGUUCCCUGUUAUAGCAUCUCCCGUGAGUUCAGCAAGUUCUCCCUUUCUGAAUACUACGAGAUGUAAUGACAAUUGGCCAACAGCUAGUCAAUCAUCUCUUCUUGAAGCAAAUUCUUUUGGUACCAGUGUCUACUCACACCACGCUAUGCCCAGGGAUUUGGGAAACAACGGAUCUACUUUGGAGGUACCUAUGUCUUCUAAUUUACAUAACCCUUUAAACUCAGCGUGUCCUCAAGUACCUGACACUAGAACAGAGAUGCAAUGCCUGACAACGAUAAUUGACAAUGUUUCUGGAGUGAAGAUGAAUUUUAGCCCUCGACAAGAUUGGCACGACUUUGAACCGGAUUCAGCUCAUGUUCCAAGCCUUGUAUGCAGCUCCGCUCACACAUUUCUUCCUCCAGAUGGUGGCCAGAGGCAGCAGCAGCAUCAUGAAUUUGAAAACGCGGCUGUAGAUGUGAAACAAGAAUAUUUAGAGGAGCAAAAGAAGCUGGCAGGGAAUAAUGCUUAUGGCCAGAUGGGAUAGCUGGAGGAUUUUGAGUUUUAUGUUUGGAAAGGAUAACAUGAGAUCCUAAGUUACGUUGGAGUUGAGGAAAGCUGAUUGAUGUGGGGGAUAUGAUCGCGGGAUUUUCACUCGAACAGCUGAUGGAAGAUCAUGGGCAAGCUUCUUGAAUGGGAAUAUGGAGGGCGAACCGGUUAAUAAACAAUACAAACGUUUGAACUAUGAGCUGAAUUCUGUAAUAUAUUGAGUCAGUAAAGAAUUGUUUAAGGCAAUGAUUUAGGAACACUGAGAUGAGAAGUUUGCAGUACGUUCAUAUGUUAAUCAGUUAAUGCAACAACCAAAUGCCUUGAGCAGUUGAGCUAUUAUGUUAAACACCUUGAGAACAAGAUUGUCUUUUGAUAUGUGCCCUUUAUUUAUUUAUUUUGCCCUUGCGAGCUAA